GACAUGGUGUGGGAAAGUGUUGUCCUCCCACCCCUCACAUCCUCAUUACAAUGGGCAACUUCCUCCACCCCGACCAAGGCGGCGCCGCCGACCGUGACUGCCACGCCGAGGCCAACGCCAUCCAAGCCUGCCUCUCGGCCGAGAAGGACCAAGCCAAGUGCACCGUUGCUGUCAAAGACCUCUACGAGUGCUGCACGGCGAUGUGGCUCACUCACGCCCGUACGGGCAAGGCGCCUGGGGACGUCAAGGACGAUGUUUGCCCCCUGCCGGCGGGGCUGCGAGCAGCCUUCCGGCGCCAGGUGUGACCAUGCACCAGGCCUAACGAGGCGAGGGGGGUUCAAUCAUGCGUGCAACUCGCCCCCUGCCAGCUACUAUGGAAAGUGUGCCUUCACAUGGACAAGGCGUGGAUUCUUAUGCCAGCGACG